UGCUCUGGUUGGCCCACCCUUUUAUUAAACAGCGACCUUGUAAUGAGAUUAGUGAUUAGUAGGACCGAAGUGUAUUACUGUAUCGACGUUAGUGGCACACUAGGGAUGUGGCUCGUUCACAAACACUAACUUGCCGGUUAUUUGGGGUCCAAGAACGUCGCACCAGGGGAAACAUUGCUGGAGUUAAGAAGCAAUGGAUCUUCUGUCACAAUAUGGAUGUAAUUCGGCACGGACACGGUCGCCAUGGCAGACACUGGCACUAGCUUCAAAAACAGCUAGAGUAUGGAAGAGCAGGAAGACAUUUUCACUGAUUGAAGUUCAUAAAACACCCGAACCUUAUGUUCUGUCUAAACCAGCACCGCCAGUUGUGGGGAAGGUGACUCACCACACAAUAGAGCUGUACUGGGAUGAUGCGUACGAUGCUGCUGUGGAGGUUGGACGUGGUCAGGGAGGCAAGAUACGCACUUGUAUCCAGGAGUUGGACAGACACAGUCAGUGGGGAAAUAUAUACACAGGUUAUGCCAAGAGACACACAGUGACAGGCCUUGAUGCCCAGACCACCUACACCUACCGUAUCCGCUUCCAGCACGACGAGGACACCAGUGAAUGGAGUGCUCACACUGCAGUGUCCACCACAAAGGAGCCACUUACAGGAGAACAUCUCCACCGUGCUGUUAUACGCAAAGAUCUGCGAGACAUCGAGAAGAUCCUACAGUCAGGAGAUGUGUCUGUAGAUGUGCCAGACAAAUACGGCUUCAGUGCACUGAUGCAGGCUUCCCAGAAAGGUUUGAUAGAUAUAGUUCAGCUGUUGCUAGAUCAUGGUGCAGACAUCCAUCUUAAGACUGAUGCAGGCAAAACAUGUUUGAUGCUGUCAUGUUUUACUGGUCAACUGGAGGUGGUGAAACUGCUGCGCAAAUACAAUGCUCAAUAUGAUGACUUUGACCGUGGAGGGUCUACUGCCCUGCACUGGGCAGCAGAUGGUGGCAAUGUGAAGCUGAUAGACUGGAUGAUACACAAUGGAGCAGACGUCAACAUGAGGGAUCACCAUUCUGGCUGGACACCCUUGCUUAGAUGUGCUUCUGUGGGAGGUAACAGGGACGUGGCUCUGUCUCUCCUGAUGAAUGGUGCGGAAAUCAAUGCCCAAGACAAUGAUGGCAAGACAGCACUUAUGAUAGGGAUUAUCAAUGGCCAUCAAAACCUGGUGGAACUCCUUCUUCAAAGAAGAGCAGAUAUCACAGUGAAAAAUGAGUAUGGGAAGACAGCAGUAGAAAUGGCACACUCCAUGGAUAGACGGAGAAUUGUGAAGACUUUGGAAGAACAUCUGGAGAAAUAUGGCAACAAAGCUUAAUAGAUUUUCAGGGCACAAGGAGCACCCUGAUGAAAACCACCCUGUGAUGAUCCAGCACCUAACAUAAGUGCAAAUGUAUUGAAGACUUUGUAUUAUGUGUGAAUCGUCAAGCAGAGAUAACCAUGUUGAUGGGAAAUGUUCCAAUGAAUCUGUAAUCAUGCUUGUAAUCUGCCCCUUUAAUUUACCAUGUGUGUACUCAGGCAUAUGUUCCCAACAUGUAUUGUUUUGUACACAUUGUAGGCUACUUGUCCAUAUGUUGGUUUGGCUUGUUCUCAGAAAUGCUACAGAAUCCAUAAUGUGAAUCAAACUUUGGGUUUUCAUUGUUAAUAGUUUACAUAUUGAAGACACACAUUUUGUAUGUGACCCUUCUUGCUCCAUCAAUUACAUUGUAGUUUGCUGAACGAAUGUUUUCAAAAUGGGAAAGCUAUGUUCCUGUUUUAUUUGUUGUUAUAGUUCUGAAGUUGAGGAUGAGGCAAGGAUCACGUGUACCUUGUUUUCAAAGGCAGUGUAGAUUUUCCAUUUGUGUAUAAACCACAUAAUUUGUAGUUGACCUAUUUUACUCUUACAAGGCCAGUCCAUCAUUGUCCAUUGUCAAGCCAUUCAUGUUUCCAACGUCUCCUGAAAUGCUUGAUGGAUGGAGUUGGAGACUUGUGUAAAUGGCCCGGUUCAACUGGAAAACUUGAAGGUUAUAUAAAUACCUUAUGAUGUUCCAAAUUUUAAAUACAUCAUUUCCUAUAUGUACUAUCGCCACUGGUUGCCACAAUCAUCACUCACGAAAAUGACAGAAUAUUAAUUGUGUGCCAGGCUUGAUUAAGACAAUAACAAAUGGCCUCAAAGAGCUAUCUCUAACUAUAUCUUAUCAAGUAGCUAUUACCCAAUUAAUCUAAACAAGAACACUAGAGCUGAACAGUUUUAAAUUAGAUAGGUGAUGUUUGGGCUGAUAACACUGAGUCAGUACUUCUCUGUCUUGUGGAGAAAAGCCCCAAAGCUUGAUGUCACCAUAGCGUAUUGCUACAUCCCCCAGGGAGGCAAUCAGUAUUUCUCUAGCAACAUCUUACUGGGAUUCUGAUAUAUACAUAUGAGGGGUGGCUGAAAAGUUCUGAGCCUAUCUAUGAUAGACUGUUGGUGCAGUUGGUUGCUGGUUACUUUUUAACAGAAUUCUUAUGUCAAUGAAGCUGGAUCCUACUGGUGUAGAAGGCUCCCUCCUGCUGAAGAAGAUUAGUAUAAAAUUGGCCAUUGAUGGGCAGACCUUUCGGGAAGUGGUCCACCAGUACCAUUCUUUUGGAGUCCCUAAACAACGAAGCCAUCACUUUUGUCUUCACUGGAGGAAGAGACAUUAGAUGUUUCUACUGCUUUGACUGUUGUCUCUGGCUGAUUGUGGUGAACCCAAGACUCAUACAUGGUUACACAUCGCUCAACAAGAUCAGCUGGGUCUGCUUUAAAACAAUGUAAAUUCUCACAAGAUAUGAUUACAAGGAGUCAGAAACCUUUGAACCAAGCAUGCUGAAACCUUUGUCCAGUUCAUUCCUCAGAAUGUUCUGUACUCUCUCAUGAGAGAUGCCCAUUGUAUUGGCUGUGUGACAUGUGUCCGUUGAAGGCCUCACUGAUCUUGAAUCAUGUUCAAGGCUCUCUCUUCCCCUCUUGAACUCCAUAACCCACCCCUAACAGUGGGAGAGGAAGGAGCAUCCUCCUCCAAAGUUGACAUGUAUGCAUGGAUGGCUGUUGGAGUUAGCACUGACAUUUUGAGAUACUUGAUGACAGUGUUGUAGCUUAUUUAGUCCAUUAUCCUCAACAAAGAAUACCUAGUCACUUCGAUGCCAGCAGACAUAUGUUGCAUAAGUGUGUAUUUGGUUCAAAGUCAGCCUGUAAACAUGUACAUUUUUGUACAUAAUACUUUCAAACUGUUACAGGGUGUACAAUACAUCUUGGAUGAUUAGGUGAGGCCGUGGGGCGGCCUGGUAGUAAAAGUGUCCACUUGUCACUGCAAAGACACAUGUAUGAUUCCCAACAUUGGUACAAUGUUUUUAUCCCAUUUUAAUAUGGAUAGUACGUGUUGUAAUAUUGGUAAAAGCAGUAUAAAACCAUACUCCCUCACUGGCUUGUCAUUAGGCUUGGAACUUUUCAAAUACCCCUCAUAACCUCCCUGUUAAGUGCUACAAGAUAAGCCAAUGCAUAUAGUUUGACAUUUGUCGGCUUUCUCAUGGCAUUAUUUCUGAAUUACCAAAAUGUGGUUCUUUUAAAGAGCCUUACUUUUACAUUUGUAGAAAUCAUAACAAAUCAAUUGUUAUACCUUUUGUAUGUACGCUGUUCAAGAGAUAUUUUCUAUUAUUUCUUAGUAAAGGUAAUACUGAAAUACGGAGACUCAUUAUAUACCCAAGAUCUACAGAUGAGUGUACCACCAGGGGCCUCUUCACAUAUAGAUAUUAUCAGAGCAUGACAGUUUUAUGGUUAAACCAAAUGUGAUAUUACUUAUUGGCAUGAUAUGAAUAACUUCAUGAUGAUUAGAUUUCAGUGUUGCUUGACAAUGGUCAUACCUAAUACUGGCACAAGAACUUAAUUACUAGAUUGUGACUGUUAUGAAGAUGAUCAAUAUGCUACAUAUUAGUGUAGGGAAGCAAAGCAAUUGUCCAUUUGACCACCAUAUUUCUGUCAUUCGGGUUUUAUCAUACUGAUGGAAAACAUAGGGACGAGUCAUCCCAGACGGCAUUUCUGUAUUGCAGAGGCAGCUUACUUGCUGCACUUAUACUUGACACAAAUUAUUCACAUGGAUAACAUUUGUUAUCACUGGGAUGGUUUCAAAUCAAACACCAUAGAAUAAUAUCUUUUUAAAAUAUAUGGGGACAGUUUUAAUAAUAUUUCAGUCAUUGCAGGGCAUAUUUCAUAUAUUUAGGAUGUUCAAAAUAUAUUUACAGGCAGGUUAUCAGGCAAAUAUUUAUUUGUUUGGUUUUUCUAAGAUAGCACAUUAUCUUGUUUGUGUAUUUAAGGUUUUUAUUGAAGGAUGUUCUUAUCCAUUCUUAUGUCCAUCGCAGAAACUGAACCUGAAACCUGAGUGAUGGGAUCAACUGGUCCAUGGACUUAUGUGGUGGUGCUUUUAUGAUUUGUCAUCAAUGUUAGUGAUGUAGUGUGCAAGCAUCUUAGCACCAGGAGGAAAGUACACAGUAUUGAAAUGACAUGUGACAACAUGAAUUCCUCCAUAUGACAUGUUUCUGAGCACUGUGCAAAAUAUCUAGAACUGGAAUAUUGCGUUGGAGUUGCGUCCCUAGUUAGGCAUGCCAGAGUCCAGUCAUCAAGGGUUUGAAAUAGUACUGGGAAAAGUCCAAAUCACCUACCCAGGUACCCUCCACCCUAUUACCCGACCCUACCCGGGUACCCGAUGUAGAUAUUUAGAGAUAGGUACAAACUGUCCGAUUUGGAAAAGUUUGACCCUGGCCCUGGCAAAAUGUAUUUAGAUACAUGUGUAAAACGA